AUGAUCAUCAACUUGCUCUUAUUGCUUUUGCAAGAGGCGUCAGCUGAAAUUUACAGUUGUGGAGGAUUUGUGAGAUCGGCAACAAUUCCAAUUGAUUAUAGCAAAAUUCAAGUUAAGCUUUUGACAGCGGAAGGAAAUCUGAAAUACGAAACCGAAUGCAAUCCAUCAAAUGGAUAUUAUAUGAUUCCGGUUUAUAAUAAAGCUGCUUACUCGAUCCGCGUAUUUGCACCAAAAGGAUGGUUUUUCGAGCCAGAUUCAGUGGGAUUGAAGGUUGACGGUGAAAAUGAUGCGUGUUCGAGAGGCGAGGAUAUCAACUUCAGAUUGUCAGCGUUUGCAGUCGAAGGUGUACUGAGGAGUGGCGAUGGGGGUGGUCCAGCUGAUGUCGCACUUACUUUAAGUUCUGAGAACGGUACGGUCAUAGAGACAACAAAGACUUCAAGUAACGGACACUAUCAGUUCCGUGCACCUCCGGGCAAAUAUCUGGUAUCCACAGCUGACGGUAGCACAGAGUGUAUUGAACGGGGUAAGGUGCCGGCCGAGGUGAUUGAUUCACCAAUAAAAGUGUCACCCGAUUUGAAAAUAUCCGGACAUUUACUCACCGUUAAUUUACGUUCGAAAACGAAACAGUUGGCUGGAGUGCGUGUUUCGUUGUACUCAAAAAAUGUCGUGAAGACAUUGCCAUCGAAAGCAGAGGAUUCAGCCGAGAAUGUAUUGCCACCGGACGAGCGAUUGGUUUGUUGGCUGCAGACCAGUUCAGAUGGCACAGCCCGCUUUCCCUGUCUGCCACCUGGUAGAUAUUCAAUUGUGCCGUCGAUGUCCACCGAUAAAGUGCGAUUCACAUUCUCGCCCAAAGUACACAGCUUUUUAAUGGGGUCUUCGCCGGCUGAGGUGAGCUUUAAUAUCGAAGGCUUCAGUAGUCGUGGACGAGUUGUGCUGGGUAGGAAACCGGUGGCAGAUGCUCAGAUUUAUGUUAAUGGACAACCCAGAGGGCAGUCGGACGCUGAUGGAUGUUGUCCUAAACUUUCAUUUGAACAAAUGAAUUACAGAGUUGAACUGUGUGGAUAUGUGGAAGUCGAGGAAGGCAACAGUCGUGCGAUGGUGAUAUUCUUGACGAAUAAACUUACCAAUGAUCCACAAUCGGCAAGAAGUGAUUCCAGUGGACGGUUCUGUAAAAUGCUGAAACCUGAACAAUACAUCGUUUCGCCAUCGAACGAUGUUGGGAUUGUGAUGACACCCAAACAACGAGAAGUUGACUUAUCGUCUGGUGCAAUCCUCAACGUUCUCUUCACGCAAUUCAAAGCAAACAUUCUUGCAAAAAUCAUUUGCUUAGAAAGAUGUGAUAAUUUGAAAUUGGAAUUGUGGAAUGGAGAAGAGAUGGUGAAGAGUGUUGAAGGGAUCGAAGAUUUUCGAUUCAAUGGCGUGUCGCCUGAUUCGUAUACGCUAAAAGUGAUCGACGGAGGUCGCUUUUGUUGGGAGAAAUCUGAAAUUAACGUUGUGAUUGAACGAUCUGACAUCAACAACAUCGUCUUCAGACAGAACGGCUAUCGUGCAGCUGUUCACGUUUCGCAUCCUGCCAAAAUGAAAUGGCAUCUCGCCGAGAGGAAGCAGUUGGGUGGUGAAGUUGAUUUGGGCUCAGGAAUGUCGAACUUUUGCGUUCCUCUAUCCGGUGUUUACUCGUUGUCAUUUGAAGCAUGCCAUUUAUUCGAUCAUGACACCUACGAAAUCACCGUACCACAGGACGCUCCUCUUAGUGCAACGGCCGUCAAUUUCUUGGUUACUGCGUCGGUGAAAUCGGAUAGCAAAACAGCAAAUGCGUCUGAUUUCAAAUUGUUAGUGCGCAGUUCGAAUGAGGAACGCACAGUGAUGUCUUCGGCAUCCUCUCGUGGCCGUUUCCAAUUCGGAUUCUACGUUUCUGCGGCAGACACUGGAGAAUGUCACAACGAUGUAGUGUCAUUUGUGGCCGAUAAAGGUGUUUUCUUAGAAGGCUUCAUUAAACCAGCGCUGGAUGGAGUUAACAUCCGUUCAACACAUAAGACUGAUCCGAUAUUGGUGCUGAAUACUGUCACCGAUAAGUCCGGAAAGUUUAGGAUGGGUCCUGUACGAAAAGUUGAUGAUUUUGAGAUAGCAGCUGAGAAAGAGGGUUAUAAAUUCGAGAGAACUGAUAAGUUGGGUGUGUUACAUGCGAUUCGCCUGUCACAGCUGCGAAUAUCAUUGGUGGAUAUGAAUUCGAAUGAAUCAUUAGCGAAUGUGUUGUUGUCGUUGAGUGGUGUCGAUAACUAUCGAUCGAAUAGUAUGGUCGAUGAGACGGGUAUGAUCAAUUUCGUUGGAUUGGUAAGUUUGACGCUAAUUGCGACAAAUAUUCUUCAACAAUAUUCACAUGUUUCGAUUCAAUGGUAUUACCGGAGUGGUUUUCGGAGUAAUUGCAAUAAAUUGACUCANCAAGAGUAUCGAUUCGAACCACCAACCGUAACGCUGAACGUUAAAGAGGGCGAAGUUGAGUCGGUUACGCUCAAGGGAAGACGAUUUGCAUAUAGGCAUGUUGUUCUUUUGUGCGCUGUUGAGGCCAUCGUAUUGUAUUGCAGUGUCUUCGGUCGAGUCAAACACUUAGCUGGUCAACCAGUUGCGUCAACCGUGGUGGAAGCCGUAUCCGAGCAGUGCAGUCAACUACAAGAAGAGGAUACCACGUCAGAACAAGGCACCUAUCGAGUGCGCGGACUUCAUCCGAAAUGCGUUUAUAGACUCACACUGAAAACAACGGAAGGACAACGAAUUCAGUCGUAUCCGACACAUUACGAUAUAACGGUGAGUGACAAGGAUGUUAAAGAUAUCGAUUUUGUGUUAACGCAUUUCGAUAAGCAACUCGAAGUGAUCGGUGAUGUGAACUUCGUGAAUACCAUGCCUCCGUCACACUACCGCAUCAGUCUGCUCAAAGGCGGUUCGGUUGUGCAACAAAUUGUCGUCAAUUCGCCAUCAACAGUAUUCUUCUUCAACAAACUACCUAUCGAUCAAACCGAAUAUUCGGUACGUUUUGAUAGUACGCAUGCAUUCAGUGGGCAUAAAUAUGAUUCUUCGGAAGUCACGUUCCGUGCAGAUAGCACAUUCAAAGCAGUUCGAUUAGUUGUUAAACCGCAGCGGAAAACAUCCGAACUGGAAAUAUCGAGCGGCAGCUAUUUCGCGUUGCCAUUCUUUUUGCUGGUCGCAUUUCUAUUUUUCAAUCAUCAGAAGGCUUUAUCAGUAGCUGAGUCAGCGUUCGAACGAGCUUGUAAUUUCUCGAUUCAACGACGGAGUCCAACUCCGAGUGAUGAGCAUCCAGAUGCAAUACGACGACGGCAAAAAGCGAAGAAGGCUUGA